AUGGAAUGUCUGACCACUCAUCAUCAAACGUUAAUGACUUUAAAUUACCUGAAGUCAGGAGCUUUCUGUGCAUUUAACCGCCAGGUUCAUAGCCUGCAAAUACCUAAAGGCAAUAGUAUUCACCUAAAUUAUGAUUCGAAGAGCCCGCUUCACAGAUGGGCUGCCAGCGAUAGACUGCGUCUGAUCCAUUUUCUUCAGGAAAUCCAGCUGGACAGAGCUUUGGAUGUACUACCAGACAACUGUACAUAUGAGGAUUUAUUGAAGUGUCCACUAGAGGAGUUGCGUAAUGUGUUCUCUGGCUGUCUUACCGAGUUGGAAGUGAACUCCCUCUACUCACACUUACAUUCGUGUACCUCUAUCGGCAAGCAUGAGACGGAAUCGCGAUCUCACCCUGAAGACUCUCAUGUUAGAAGGUGUUCAGAAACUCGUCCUGUCCAUCAGGAGCGACCAGGAACUACAUGUGCUCAAAACCGUCCUCGUACAUCACUGGGUUCACUCUCCUGUGCAUCUGCAGAAUCCUCUUCCAUUUUCAUGGGGGAUAAACCGUUGGAUAACACAAAUUCAAUAAUCUCUGGGGGAAAUGAAUGCAACUGUGACUGCGACUUGUCAAAAUCUGAUCUAGUACAGCACUCUACAAGUGUUAAACGAGCAUCUUCGCUUGGUUCGGAUUAUGUAUCACAAAUCCUUCCGAAUUAUCGUCCGUCUUCAUUGUCCAUUUCAUCAGCUCUAACUGACAGCCACUCACUAUCUCUUCAGGAAGAUGCCAACACGAAUUCCAUUACAGGCCCCGUACCAUGUUUGGCUCAAGCCGACCUGUCGACCUCUGAAGUUUGGAAGAAUUCACAGUCACCACGGAGUAUUUGUGAUGUUCAAACUAAGCACUGUUCAAUAACAUGUCCUAUAUCACCAACUUCCUGUAAAGCGCCAAAACAGCAAACAAAUACAAGUACUUAUUCUGAAGCUUCGAGUGUGUCUUACGUAAUUCCCUCUUUUUAUCGUCAUGGCAGUAAUGAACCGCAGUUGUCUCCGUAUUUUUCAAGUCAUUUAUCUAAUUAUGAAAGACAUUCCAUGUCCAGCACUCUCUUGCGAAUAAAGGGUAGUUUCAUUGGUCAAUCUGCACCGAAUUUAUUGUAUUAUAUGCGGGAUCCGAAUUACAAUGAAUUUUUAAACUGCAGAAAUUCUUACUUGCAUAUAUCAUCGGCGUACACUCCACCCUCAAGUUUGAAAAGCCCUUCGUUACCAAUAAAUUCAAACGCUCCUGUGUUGCAUGCUACUGAGAGUCCUAAGGGCGAAGAAGUUGACUCACAUUCUGGUAAAAUUUCCCGUGGGAAGUCUUCGCUAGCAUCCAACUCUAUGGAUAUUAGAGAUACAGUUGAAACCACUAGUACUCUUACAUCACUACCUUUUCAUAAUCAGCGUCGUAGUAUGUUAGUGAGUGGUUUAGGUAGUUUAAGUGGUAGUAGUAGUUGUAUGGCUGAUCGAAGCAUGUCCAGUCCUGCGCCGUCUAAUGAACCGGAAAGUCCAUUUUUCUCUGCUGCAUCUCUUUCUCACAACGAUAUGACCUACUUUUUAUCACCGAAAAGCAGCUUUGUUCCAUGUGAACCAAACUUAAAUAAAUCAUCUGAUCACUCUGGAAAUACCGUAUCACAAACAGAGAUAUCAAGUAUUCAUUAUGAUGCAGGCCAACAGCAGGAUAAAGGCGUAGCUCAACCAGUGGUCUCUCAAACAAACUGUAAACCCAACACAAAUACUGUCACUUCUCAACGAUCAUAUGAUAUUUCAUUCAAUGAAAAACGGAAUUUCGCUCCUCGCUUGCAUUUGGGGAAUAAACAUACGGUUGAUUGUCGUCGCUGGUCUCUAGCCUCACUACCUUCAUCCGGUUACGGCACUAAUGCAUCGGAGAGCGGUAGUCAUUUAUCUCGUAGUCGAUGUUCAUCCCGAGAAAAUGUCUCGCAUAUUCCUCCAGCACAGAUCAACACUCAACAUCCCAUAAGUCGUGCAACUUCAGUUUUUAGGAAGUAUCAAACAUCAUCACAAAUGGCAUCAACUAAAUGUUUACCAAUUGAACGUUCAUAUUCAAUGAGAUCACCUUCGAUACCUGUAUCUUCACACUUUCCGAAUUCUAUAUCUCCACUGUCAUUCUCAUCAUCUGUUGGUCAAAAUGAAGCAUCACCAGGUAUUUACGGCACUUCACGUUCACCAAAAGACUCAUAUACAUCAGAAACAGGAAAUGAUAAUUCACCGCUUAAUGUUUCAUCUCCAUUGUAUACUUCAGUGUGCGGCAUAGAUUCUAAAAGUGUACCAAUUACUCCUAUUACUCGCACAUCACCUAGAAUUAUACAUGGUUUCAAUAGCGGGAUUCAAGUAUGUAUGAGUUCUAGCUUUGGGAGUUGCCGGACACGUUCUCGUAGCUUGAGUCCUUUGCGUGUCACAAAUGUUGGUGGUGAACAAGAUAUACUACUGUUAAACCAUGUUUAUCGAGAACGUUUCCCAAAGGCUUCUGCUCAUAUGCAGAAACAGUUAGCUUCUCUUGCUGAUGAAAUGGAAAACAUGGAUACAGUGUCUUGGAGUGCAGUGGCCAGGUUUGUUCACUGUCAAGUGGUACAACAUGCACGAGAUUGUCUUCAGAAAGCCCUAUCUGGUCUUGUAACCUGCCGUUAUUUUUACGAAAUGACUGAAAAUUUGGGAAAGCUCAUUGAAGACACGCGUGCUCGAGAUGCAGAUUCUAUUCCUCUUGUAGUCACCUUUGUUCGUCGACUCCUCCUGAUUAUCGCACGUCCUGCACGUCUACUUGAAUGUUUGGAGUUUGAUCCAUCUGAAUUUUAUCAGUUGUUAGAAGUUGCUGAAAAUCAUGUGCGGCGUCGAACACAUUCAGUGAGCUUGCCAGGAUCACAGAUCGUGUCAGCUGAUGUGCCAUUAUACAUUAUUUCAAAGUUGGGUCUCAGUAAAACAGUUCUAGAUGAAUCACAUAAUAUAGGGAAUUCACGUUUGUGUCGUUCUGACAUAGAUGGUACAUCUCAGUCAGAGGGAAUGAAAUCUGACUUCACAACUAGAAAUAGAACAACAAGUGGGUCAAACUUGGAUAAUUGUGUGAAUGAUGAGAAUGACAUAGUAUCACGAACAGCACGUAGCUCUAGCAGUUAUGCUCCUAUCCGUCCUCCAUGUGAAGCUGAUUUCGAGGUGAUUAAACUGAUAUCAAAUGGUGCAUAUGGUGCCGUUUAUCUUGUUAGACAUAAAAUUACUCGACAGAGAUUUAGCCUAAAGAAAAUUCGUAAACAACAUCUACAACUGCGUAAUCAAGUGGAACAAGUUUUUGCUGAACGGGAUAUUAUGAGUUUUGCAGACAAUCCGUUCGUUGUUAGCUUAUGUUGUACUUUUGAAACAAAAAAAUGUUUAUGCAUGGUUAUGGAGUACGUGGAAGGUGGUGAUGUAGCAACUUUGUUAAAGCAUAUUGGAGGACCAUUGCCAUUAGAUUUGGCUAGAAUGUAUUUUGCAGAGACAGUACUAGCCUUAGAAUAUUUGCAUAAUUAUGGAAUAGUUCAUCGUGAUUUGAAACCAGAUAAUUUACUGAUAACGCAUGAAGGUCAUAUCAAGUUGACUGAUUUUGGUCUAUCACGAAUCGGUCUAAUGAAUUUAGCCACCAAUUUAUAUGAGAAGAAUUUAGAUUUGGAAAAGGACUGUAAAAUGUUUCGUGAUAAACAAGUAUUUGGAACACCGGAAUAUAUUGCACCAGAAGUGAUUCUUCGUCAGGGUUAUGGGAAACCUGUUGACUGGUGGUCUAUGGGCAUCAUGUUAUACGAGUUCCUCGUCGGAUGUGUACCGUUUUGUGGUAGCACUAUAGAGGAACUUUUCGAUAAUAUUGUAACAGCUCCAAUCGAUUGGCCUGAAGAGGAAGAGUGGAAGGUGACUCCAUCAGCUGUGGAUAUAAUAACGAAACUUCUUGAACGAGACCCUUUACUUCGUCUUGGAACUAUUGGAGGUUCUUCUGAGGUUAAAGAGACUCCAUUUUUCUCUGGACCUAGUGCAGUAGAUUGGAAUAAUUUGUUAAGGCAAAAGGCUGCUUUUGUACCCCAACUUGAGCAUGAUGAAGAUACUUCUUAUUUUGAUCCACGCACUGAUCGUUAUCAGCAUGAUGUGGAAAAUGACGAGGAUAUAUAUAUUCCUAUGGAUUAUUCAUCACAUAGUAACCGAUCUUCUCCUGCUCCUCAAAUGUCAGUUACUCGGAAUUUCAGUUUUAAUUCUCCUACUGAUCAAAGUUUAACUAGUGUUAUCCGGCGACCUGCAGCUUCCCGUCUUGGACGUGCUAAACAACAGGCAAUUGAACAUAAACGUAGUCAUAGUUUAGGUGACAACAAUACCCUAUAUCUUCAACCAUUUAAAUCACGUUCUAAAAGUCGAAGUAUUCGUGACUCUCCCAUAAACACUCCACAAUCAUUUACUCAUUCAGAACUCAGCAGUGCUAGUUCUCAGCGUUCUUUAUGCCAUCAAAAAUAUGAACCUGAAAAAGUUGAACACGACCCAGUAACAUCCACUUUAACUGCAGAAUCUGUAGCUGGUCGUAAUGCAUUACACAUGUUACAAAAUUUAUCAUUAACCUCUAGUACUACAGAAAAUUCAUCAUCUCCAAAGUUGGAAAGCGGUAGUGCCAAUCAUCAGCAAACUGUUUUGUCUGGAGUAAAGCUGGAGAAGCUGAAUAUCGAUGUCACAAAGCGUGGAUUUUCUGAUGAUGAUGUUGAUGAUACUCAAAAUGUUGGCGAUGAAUCACGUACAUUUCACUACUUCUCUUCGUACUCUCCUCGCUUCUCAGUUGUGUUAGAACAAGCCAGAUUGAAUGAACUCUUACAAAAUAAUUUGAAUAUGACCUUAAAUGAUUCAGAUCAUCCGAAUAAUGAAAAGAGUCCACUUCAUAAUUCACCACCUCGUUUGCAUCUUACUCCACAUAAUGACUCAAAUGUCAAGCAUUCAAGUCUCGCAACUUCUAAGGAUGUAUGUCUGCCACCUACAGAUGAACAGUUGUCGAAUUCGAAUAAGAGAGACAACCUGUCUUCUGAUGAACAGAAGAGUGGUAGUAAAAAUAUCUCUCAAUCAUCAGAUGCUCAACCAUGUGAUACUCAAGAUGGCUCAGUAUAUUUGAAUAAUGAUCAUUCACCAUCUAAUGUCGUUGGCUCUAACGUUGCUAUUCCCACAAUCACUCAUCCUACAACUGAAACCAAAGCUUUUGUUCAUCCGAGUCGUCUCAAGGAGUCAAAUGAAUGUCCCACUACUUCUGAUGUUGAUGAAAAUUCAAAAUUAUCAGAAUCGGAUUCUAACUCUAGUUUAGAACUGUCACCACAUGAUUCACUCAUUCACGUUACUGACAAGCCUUCGGAUGAAAAUGAGUCAAACGCAACAAUGUGCAUGGAUACUGUCAAUAUUUCUCCUGAACUUAAUCAAAAUCCCUUGGUAAAACCACUAAUUCCACCUGUUCGCGAACAUAUGACUGGGAAUACGUCCCUUUAUUCUGCUAAAUCGAUUUCCAAUUCAUCAUCUUCAACAUCAUCGCUUUCACUAACUACUGUUACUCCUCAUAUAAUACCUCAUACAGACUCGCUUUACUCUACUCUAACUGAUCAUGAUUCUACUUCACAUAAAAGUCCAUGGUUUUUAAAUGUUGAUUUAAAACCAGAAAAUGAUCAUCUAAGUACCCAUCAAAUAUUAAGAUCAAUGACACGUGCAGAUUGUCACCAUGGCACUCAAAAUACAUCUAUGUCUUUUAAGAACGCGUCACCUGUUCCAUUUCAAGGUGUUGUACCCUAUUCAUCCCACUUGAAUGCGUCUUUUCCUUAUUCUCUGUCGUCAGCUGAGCAGCAGCAACCUCAGUUGUUAUUAGUCGGUGACAAUUCAUCGCGAAAUACAUACCUACCAAAUCCUCCUGUGUGUUCCAAUACUCCCCUAACACGACCACUUUUGUCUUAUUCACCGGGAAUUCCGCGUCAGACCAUAGUAAUUCACAAAGGCAAACAAGGUUAUGGUUUUGUUUUCCGAGCUAUCCGAGUAUUUUUUGGUCGCUCUGAUGCAUAUACACUGCAUCAUCUUGUACUUGGAGUUGUGCCUCAUGGUCCGGCAGCCAAAGCUGGUCUCAAAGAAGCUGAUCUGAUUUUGAGCAUUAAUGAUGUAUCAACCAUUGGAAUGUACCAUACAGAUGUUGUCAAGUUAAUUUUACAGAGCGGUAAUACUUUACGCCUACAUGCAACUCCAAUUAGUCAAACAUUCAUUCGUUCUGAUGGCCCAUAUCGUUCUUCUGGCCGUCUCGUACCUCGUGCUUCUCCAACAGAUCAACUGUUAAACAACAAUAAUAAUAGUACUGCUUGUACUACUAAAUAUUCAAGUCAUUACGCCGAUAAACAAAUAUCUGCACCUUAUGGGCCGUGUAGCACCUUUAAAAGUAGUCAUUCUAAUUCUCCGGAAGUACACAAUGAUAAUACAUCAACACCUUUUGAUAUGAAAUCGUAUGCUUCAGUCUGCGCAUCGAAUAAUCCAAAGCAAAAUGAUGAGGCUGCUAAACGCAUAACUCGACGUCUGACAGUUAGAGAAGCUCGACAUCGUCAUUUAAAUAGUGGAAAUUUAGAACCAAAAGUUCAUUGUCUUCAACCGGAUACCAAUUUGAACUCAUGCUUCAAUCAAUCGGAUACUGUACCUAUCAACAUACCAACAGACAGAUCAAAAAGUGGUUAUUCCCAGUCAGUUGCAUCUCCUAAAUCAUCAACUCAAACAUAUGCUUCUAUUGCUGCCCAACGAUUCGGUAUCACUCUUGGUCCAAUUUGUACAAAUCAAGUGAGUUGUAAUCAAACUGCACAAAAUAACAAUUCAUUUCUUCCACCCCAUCGAAGAUCUCUGGAAAAACCUCUUAUACGUCAGUUAAGUGAAAGACAGCAUCGAGCUAUGUUCCCUACAACUGAUGACACAUCAUCUUCAUCAAACAAUCCACCACCACUUUAUACUCAGCGAAGUGUAAUCCCCUACAGUUCACCCCAUCAAAGUCCUAGAUCUGACUAUCAGCAACAAAACAACGCUUUUACGUAUCAUAGACCAUCAUUGACUGUCACUUCAAGUUCAUCUGGUUCUUCAGUCUGUUCUUCCGGUUGGUAUUCAGGUGGUGAAUUGUCUCCUCACAGUUCUCCUGGUUCUGGAAGUCCUUCUGUUUCUGGGGUUUCUCGACCUUGUGAUUCUAACCAUCCGCCUAGUAAUCCAUUUCAGCAGCCACGUUUUGGUAGUCUACGUGCCCCAUCUCAUUCAGCUGCCCAGUUUGUCAGUUCUCAUGGAGAUAAUUCUCCAUUUAAGCUAACUUUCACUUGUCAACCAAUGCCGAAAUCUGCAUUUAUUGCACAGAAUCGCAACACACCUCAGUGUAGACAUAGUGAUCCUCUACGGCCUGUUGCAGUGAGUUAAUACUGAAUUUAAUUUAUAUGCUUUAUAUGUUUUAAUUCAAUCAGAAGUGGUGAUACUGAUUGCUGCGUAAAUGUUAUAUGGUUCCCAUAUUUUUUAAAAUCUCAGUAUCUCGGUUAAAAAGACCAAUCGUGAAUACUUUAUUUACUUUUUGUUAUAUCAUGAAUACCUAUUCAAUUCAUAUAUUUAUAGUGUCGUAGUUGGAACUCUCUGAUUGUGCCACUCGAUUUAAAAGUAAUAUCUUCAGAAUUCGAAACCAAGAAUCACUUAUUUAUUGUGGCCUAGAAAACUAUGUGUUCAAAGCUCUUAUUCAUUAAGUGCAUCUCGCGUAACCUACCUAAUACAUGGAUCUAAUUUUUAAUAUUUAUCCUCCUUUUUGUCCAGUUUGUUCAUUUAUUUGGUUUAUAGUAAUAUAAUGAUUGAUUUUUCCGCUUUUAAGACAUCGAGGAGUAAUCGAUCUCUAUGUUCUGUCGUGCCCAAUGCUCAAAAUCCUAACACCUUUGCUGUAUCCGUUCAAGCCUCCAUUACAAAUCCAUCUCAAAAUCCUACCCAAAACGUUGAGCUCGACAGGUUCUCAGUUCAAGCUAAUGCCCUAGUAUCAUCAGGUCAGGUUCGGCUACGUAGACACAGCCAUCGAUUUGCAGUCCAGCAUGUUGCUUCACCAAGUAGUCCAGCGGAAAGUGGAGAUGAAAAAUCCAAGAAUCAAACAUGAAAUAUUUAAAGCUUUACUUUUCUGUUUUCCAUUUGCCAAUUUCUACUCACCUUAUUUUUGAUUUUUCGAACUCACGAAGCUAUUUCAUAUCAGAUAAAUUUGAACACUGUGAUGAUUUUCUUUUCCUAAAGCUGAAGUCUGUCAAAAUCAAGCUGAUGGCAAAUCUGUUAACAAUUCUCAAGCUUGUUUAAAAUUUCCCGGUUAUGUAUUUCAUGGGUUUUAUUUAAUAUUUGUGCAUCCUGUCUACACCAAUUCACAUGAUGCAUCUAUGCCUGUGUUCUCAUACUUACUCUUAUUUUCUAAUAUUUACUUUUCUUAUACAUAUAUAUAUAUAUAUAUAUAUUGUACGUACAUACAUAUCUUUCAAAGUGUAUAUUUCCAAUUCUUUCUUCUCCCAAAUUGUGUUUGAACUUAUUUCUGCUAAAAGUUAGUGUCUUUUGGUGUGUGAUGACGACUUCAUUGUGCUACACAUUCCUUGUAACAAAUUUUUGUGAUUGUCUGGGUUAUUAAUAUUGCAGUUAAACCUGUGGUGUGAUAGUCUUCUAAUAAUAGCUUUCAAUUUCUAUUCUCCAUGUUAUUUUGUUUCAUCCGGCGAGAGAGCAUACACUGUAUGUAUUUGUUGUUGUGUUCUGUGGAUUAUAUCUAAACACAAUUGGUCUUCCUUGUUUAUGCACUUACAUAGUCAUUUUUUGCCUUUAUAUAAUAUAAAAACUGAUUGAUUGACUGAUUUAUAGUUUUUUGUUUUGUUUUGUAAAUUCUUUUCCCAUCAUAAUAUGUGUUUUCCCUGUAUUGUGUGUUCAUCGAAUCCAUCAGUUAGUGUGCCCUGUAAUAUUGAGAGGAGGAGUAUGGAAGUGAUCCUCACUUUUCUUAAAAAAAAAAGAGAACUUUUUCCCUACACGUAAACACUAGUUUAUAAAAUGAGUUGUACAGUUCUUCUUUCAAUUUCUUUAACCUGCUAUUCUUGACGUAUCUAUGCUAACAACAUUUUUAUUUUCUGACUAUUAUCUUCUUUGCCAUUGUUAUCUGUAUUAUUAUUAUUAUUCGUCAUAAAAUUAAUACUAGUUUGCUUUUCUGUCUGAUCAGUUCGUGAAAUGUUGUAUAUUUUUGUUUUCGCUAUGUUAUCAAAUUAAUCUGUCAAAGCAUAAAUAACAGGUGCUUUUUACCUUUCAAGCAUAUAUAUAAUAUAUGUAGACUUUAACAAACACUGGUAUUCUAUAUUUUAUCCCCUAAUAUUAUACACCCAAGUAUAAUUACUGCUCCUAUUCUUUACAUGUAUUGCCCAUUCAUUCUCUUCUUUUCUGAUCUUUUGCUUUGGUCGCAUUAAAAAAGCUUCCAUAUAUUCUAAAUUCUUUUCUCUGUUACUUAUACCAUUGCCUUCUAUGUUUGUUUGUUUGAUCAAUUGACGAAGAGUUAUUUCAUCCGAAACUGACUUUCUUUUUUAUAAUUAUCUGCUUAUAAUAUUAGAAUUCAAGGUAGAAAGAAAUGUUUAGUUCCCA